AUGGACCCCUCUCUCCGCGCCUACGCCGCGCCAUACAAGCGGCGCAUGACGCCGCCGCCCAACGGCCCCAACGGCAUGGCACGCGGGCGCUCGUCCUCACCGGCGCCCGGCGCUUUGAGCCAGCGCGGUUCGCCACAUCCCUUUCGGGACGAUGACGAUGGCGAUGUCCCGACGCCCUCGGCUGGGUACGCGUACUCGACGACGUUGCGGCGCAUGUCGUCUCCAAGCCGCGUUCUCCGGCCGAACUUGAGCAUUCAUGACCUUUCGAAUCCGUACGACGGAGGCGCGCCGGCCGAAGCGGCCAGGGCGUUUGACGACCAGUCCACCCUCGGCAAGGUGACGACGUUUAUACGGCGCGUCACUGGACACCGCGGAUAUGAGGAAGUGCAGGCUGAUGCGCGCGAGGCGAGGGAACGCGCCGAGAGGCGGUCGCGCGAGACGCCAAGCGCAAUCUACGCGCACAAGAGCGUCGAGGCGACAUUGGCAGACUUCCACACCGACAAGGAGAAGGGGUUGGCAAGCUCUGCCGUGCCCGCUCUCGUGGGCCAGUAUGGCAUGAACGAGUUCGAGCUCCCACCUGACGAGCCGUUGUGGCUCAAGUUCUCCAAGCAAGUGUAUGAGAACCCUCUCAUUCUCCUGCUCCUCGGCAGCUCUGUUCUAUCCGGCCUCAUGGGCAACUAUGACGACGCUGUGUGUGUCGUGGUCGCCGUCACCAUCGUACUCACAGUCGGAUUUGUACAGGAGCAGCGCUCCGAAAAGUCGCUAGAGGCACUCAACAAGCUUGUGCCGCACUACUGCAAUCUUGUGCGCGACGGACGCGCGCACACCCCGCUCGCGAACACGCUGGUACCCGGUGACCUUGUUACGUUUGGUGUGGGCGACCGCGUGCCCGCCGAUAUUCGAAUUACGAGUGCUGUGCAGCUCGAGAUUGACGAGAGCGCACUCACGGGCGAGACCCGGCCGGCACGCAAGAACACCGAGAUGUGUGACAGAGGCGAGGGCGAGGACACGCAUGGCGAGGGCGGCGGCAAGGCCCUCGGCGAGCGGCACUGCAUGGCGUUCAUGGGAACGUUGGUACGGAGUGGACACGGCAGCGGCAUCAUCGUCGGGACUGGCAAGGACACCGAGUUCGGUGUCGUCUUCUCGAUGAUGCAGGACGUCGAGGAGAAGCGCACGCCGCUCCAGCUGUCGAUGGACGAGCUGGCCAAGCAGCUCUCGAUCUUCUCGUUUGCUGUUAUUGGCGUCAUCGUGCUGUUGGGCAUCUACCACAGACGCUCGUGGCUGGACAUGUUUACGAUCGGCGUGUCGCUCGCGGUCGCCGCCAUCCCCGAAGGCCUUCCCAUCGUCACCACCGUGACCCUCGCGCUAGGCGUACUGCGCAUGUCGAAGCGCAAGGCGAUCGUUAAGAAGCUGCCGUCGGUCGAGGCACUCGGCAGCGUGUCCGUCAUCUGCUCCGACAAGACGGGAACGCUCACGCGCAACGAAAUGACCGUCACGCACAUAUACGCGGUCGACGACCUGACCGACCUCAACCCGCAGCUCGCCGCCGCGUCGACCCUCGGGCCCAAGCAUCCCGACUUGGCUGGCUUUGCGCCGAGCGCGGCGCUCCUCAAGACGGCGCAGAUUGGCGCACUCUGCAACAACGCGUACCGGGACAACGAGGGCAAGAAUGUCGGCAACGCGACCGAGGUCGCGUUGCUCAACGUCCUACCGAUCUUGCGAGCCGAGGACGAGCGAAAGGGCUUUGAGCGCCGCGGCGAGAUCCCAUUCACCUCGGAGAGCAAGUCAAUGUUCGUGAGCGGCAGUCUGAACGGCGGCACCGACAUGGUGUACAUGAAGGGUGCUGUUGAGGCUGUCCUCGCGCGGUGCAAGUACUACUACGUGACGGACAGCAGCACACCAGCGCUUGACGAGACCACGCGCGCGGCGAUCAACGGCCGUGCACUCGAGGUCAGCAAGAAGGGACUGCGCGUCAUUGCGAUGGCGUACGGCUUUGCGCGCGGCACACUGGGCGAGGACGAGGGACUCGUCUUUGUAGGCUUCCAGGCGAUGCUGGACCCUCCGCGCCGUGGUGUCGCCCACGCUAUUACCGCGCUGCACGGCGCUGGCGUUCAGGUCGUCAUGAUCACGGGCGAUGCCGAGGCUACAGCACUCGCGAUUGCCCGCGAGCUCGGCAUGAAAGUCACCACUGGCGAGGGCAUAGCGUCCUCGGUCAUGCUGGGGUCUCAAGUUGAGCAGCUCACGGAACGUGAGCUCAUCGAGCGCGUCCCUGGUAUCACGGUAUAUGCUCGCACGACGCCGCGGCACAAGAUGGCGAUCGUCAAGGCGUGGCAGCAGCGCGGCGCCGUCGUCGCCAUGACGGGUGAUGGAGUCAACGACGCGCCAGCCCUCAAGAUGGCGGACAUUGGUGUCUCGAUGGGCAGGAGCGGCACGGAUGUGGCCAAGGAAGCGGCCGACGUCAUCCUCGUCGACGACGACUUUGGCAGUGUCCUUCCCGCAGUCGAGGAGGGCCGGUCCAUCUUCUACAACAUCCAGAACUUCCUUUCGUUCCAGCUCUCGACUGCUGUCGCCGCACUCUCUCUCAUCACGCUCAGCACGUUUUUGGGACUCGCAAACCCGCUCAACGCCAUGCAGAUCCUCUUUAUCAAUAUCCUCAUGGACGGACCGCCGGCGCAGGCGCUCGGUGUCGACCCAGCCCGCAGGGAGGUCAUGUCCCUCCGCCCGCGGCGCAAGGACCAGAGCGUGCUCAGUCGCCAGGUCAUGUUGCGCGUCAUGUUCAGCGCGGCCCUCAUCGUCCUCGGCACGCUGUAUGUAUACGCCAACGAAAUUAGCGACGGCAACAUGUCACGUCGGGACCGGACGAUGACAUUCACCGUCUUUGUCUUCCUCGACCUCGUAUCCGCCCUGCAAAACCGCGGCGUCUCGACAUCUCUGUUUGGUAACCGUAUGCUCUUCCUCACUGUCUCGAUCAGUUUCCUGUGCCAGCUUGCACUCAUCUACGUGCCACUCCUGCAACACGUGUUCCAGACGCAGGCACUCGGCGCACGCGACAUGUUCAUGCUCCUCGGGCUGGCCGCGACGAGCAUGGGCGCACACGAGGUGCGGCGGUGGUAUGAGAGAAAGAUGGUGCUCGACGAGCUCAUGGAGGCCGGGCUUGGGAUGGCUUAG